GUGACGUCCAGCGCCCAGUAGUUGGUGGGAGAGCCGGAAAGAGAGAGGGGGAGGGGCCGGGCCCGGGAGCCGGAGGGAGCCGCGGAGCAGCCGCCACCGUCGCCGCCGCCGCUACCGGGACCCCAGGGGGCAAGAUGGCCGAAAUCAGUGACCUUGAUCGUCAGAUUGAGCAGUUGCGGCGCUGUGAGCUCAUCAAGGAGAGCGAGGUCAAAGCCCUCUGUGCCAAGGCCAGAGAGAUCUUGGUGGAAGAAAGCAACGUCCAGAGAGUAGAUUCCCCAGUAACAGUUUGCGGGGAUAUCCAUGGCCAGUUCUAUGACCUUAAAGAGCUCUUCAGGGUGGGUGGAGAUGUGCCUGAGACCAACUAUCUCUUCAUGGGUGACUUUGUCGACCGUGGCUUCUACAGUGUUGAAACAUUCUUGCUACUGCUGGCGCUCAAGGUCCGGUACCCUGACAGGAUCACCCUGAUCCGUGGCAACCAUGAGAGCAGACAGAUCACCCAGGUAUAUGGCUUUUACGAUGAGUGCCUGAGGAAAUACGGCUCUGUCACCGUUUGGCGCUACUGCACUGAGAUCUUUGACUACCUCAGCCUCUCUGCUAUCAUUGAUGGCAAGAUUUUCUGUGUCCAUGGUGGUCUGUCCCCAUCCAUCCAGACACUGGACCAGAUUCGAACGAUAGAUCGCAAACAGGAGGUUCCUCAUGAUGGUCCCAUGUGUGAUCUUCUCUGGUCUGACCCUGAAGAUACCACAGGCUGGGGGGUGAGCCCACGAGGUGCCGGCUACUUAUUUGGCAGUGACGUGGUGGCGCAAUUCAACGCGGCGAAUGACAUCGACAUGAUCUGUCGAGCGCAUCAGCUGGUCAUGGAGGGGUACAAGUGGCACUUCAACGAAACAGUUCUUACUGUGUGGUCAGCUCCCAACUACUGCUACCGCUGUGGGAAUGUGGCAGCCAUCCUGGAACUGGAUGAACACCUUCAGAAGGAAUUUAUUAUCUUUGAAGCUGCCCCCCAAGAAACUCGAGGCAUCCCGUCUAAGAAGCCUGUUGCGGACUACUUCCUGUGAAUGCUUCUUCCAUCUCCCCCCACCCUCCCCUCGUGCGGCUUCUGUUUUUCUUGUCCUGGCUGGGGUGGGCAGCCUCUUUGAAGUUUGGCAGGGUUCAGGUCUCUUCUCCCCCCCCCCCGCCCCACUCCAUUCCCCUUGCCCAAUAAACCCUCAGUUCUGGACCCCUUAGACGGAAUUGGCCAUCUUUUUCCACUCUACUGAAUUCCAGCCAGUCGCUUUACAGUCUCUUCAGGGCUGCCCUAGUUUUUAUUCUCCGCCCGAAACACAUUUUUGGGACCUCUGGUCAUUGAAAAACCUAGAACUCUGUCGAUCUCAGAUCACUCCAGGCAAAACGGGGGGGAAAGGUCAGCCCAGAAAUGGAGAGAAGCUGUAGAUCUUCAGAGUUCUAUGGUUUCCUAGGGGCGCAGAUGACAGCCUCCCAGCCUAGUUCUCUAGCUCAUCUGCAGUGCGACUGGAAAUUAUUUAUAGAGGAUGUAUCAGAUGGAGAGAACUGGACUUGGAAAUAAAGAGGAAACCAGUGACCAAAGAAUAUCUGCAACUGUUAGGAGGAUGAGGUCUCUGGACUAGUUCUCUGCUUCUACGUCACUUAGGUGCUUCCUGGUUUAACUCUUUUUUAAAACAAUUUUUUUUUUUUACUUUUUGGUCAGCUGAUCUUUGAACUCUGGUUUUGGUGCCAUUCCAUAGCAUUUAAGCAGAGAAUAGGAAGUGCUUCAAACCUUGCUGUGUCUGGUUGCUGGAAGACCUAGAACGCUGGUUUCUUUGCACUUUGGUGUAUAGUCUGCUUGAGCUACAUGGAAUAGAUGAACAUAGACUGGGAAGUGGUUCCUCUGUGUGCCGCCAUAUCUCAUUCCCACUUUCCUCAAACAUUUAUUGGCCACUGGAAGGUUAAACUGUCCCCACCUUUUUGCCAGAAUUUGCAAAAUAAAUAAAUAAAAUUAAAAUAAAGUAGACUUUCUGGUCACUGGAGGAUGCAAAUGCUUUAUGAAAUCCAUUUAAACUUUUUUGUGGUGGAUUUAUUAAAUGUAUUAUUGGCAAAUCUAUAUCCUGUUUACCCUGCCGCUCCUUCUCCUUGAGCGGGGAGACUGGGACCAUAUCACGCUAGUUAAUUUGACCAAUGGGGCGUGUUCUCUGUCUCUCUCCAUCCCUCCAUAUCCUACCCCCUGUGGGGUUGGUGUAUCCAAAUCCCACCCACCACAGGGUCAAAAUCUCCCACCCCCUCCCCUUUAUUCCUGUGAAGGGAUACUCACAUUCAAUCCAGAUAUCUACUUAGAGUUAGAAGGGGACGGUGGAACUUCCUGCCACUUUUCUUACGUCUAGGAGUGCUUUCCCCUCCGAUGAUCUGUCUCUUGCUCUAAUUUUAUUUUGUUUUCAUUUUGGGUUUUUUCCUAUUUACAACUUUUAGAUAAAAAAAUUCUAAUAAAACUAAAAAAAAAAUUGA